AUGAUCCCACGUCUCAACGAGCCCCCGCCGCUUGCAUGGGUCACAAUGGAGGCUGAAAUCCGAGACGAGGACUACCGAUUAGGGUCCUCGGCCAUCGACGAUCCCCUCUCCCAGCAUCGCCCGUCAUCUCAUCUCCAACAGCCAUUCCAGCACCAGCCGUACCACCAACAGCACCUCUACUCCGACUUUCCCACCCAGCGCCUCCAGCCCGCUGACCUGGCCUCUUCCCUCGACCCUCACCAUCACCCGCCUUACGCCGAUCCGACUUUUCCACCCCAUCCUCCCCCAGCCGACGCCCGUCUCAAUACUGCCCAACCUGCCCGAACCUCUGCCUCCUCGCCGGGCCGCAGGUACACCGAUGCCAAUCUGAGCGCAGUCGCCGCCAAUGAUCGAGCCGCGAUCCCGAUAGAUCCACAUGAUUUCUACCGUAGUUAUCAGGACACGAAUACUGGUGCACUAGUUGCCCACGAACUCGACUCCGAUCUCCCAAUGGCCACCACCGCCCCAUCGCGAGGCCAGGACACCUCGUCCCCCUCGACCGCCGCUCAUUCCUCCUCACGACUCCCCUCCGGUGCCAGCAGCUCGCGAACUCCCCUCCGUCAAAACUUGCGUUCCGUCUCUGCUCCUCUUGGGGACGAUCGUUCCUCUACCAACCCUUCCAAGGCCGGUUCAGCUGGCCAGCCAAGUGUCAAGGAUCUCCGGAAAAAGUUUGAUCAGGGCGGCUCUGCCUCCAUGAUCCCACGCCCGCCAGCCCGUUCCUCGCUGGUUCACCGUCCUACUUACUCGUCUAGGAGCAGAGCGACGACCCCAACCGGUGGGCCCUCCACCACCAACACCGCCGCCGGUCAGUCUUCCUCUACGGCGUCCUCCAGGUCCAGCAGUUCGCGAAACCAGUCGUCAAUCACCGACCCCACCCGAUCGAGCAGGCCCAAGUCAUCUCAAAACAACAACGGGCAAUCAUUCGCCAAUCGCGUUAACAAACCCAAGUCGAGCACUUCUUCCAAAUCCACAGGCACAAGAUCUACGACGCAGUCCUCCCGCGAGCGCGCCCCAGCAUCCUCGUCAUCCUCCGCUGUCUCGCACUCGCGGAACCCUUCUCGCGCUUCCCAGCCUAUACUAUUUGGCGAGAUCCUUCCGGAUCAGCGAGACACCCUGGCUGUAGGAUACGGCAUCGAAAAUGCCCUUCCGCGGGCCCCAUCGGACACCGAUUCCGAUUCACGGCGGCGGACUUUUUCCGAUAUGGGGGACGGCGUUCCGGAUUCGCCAACAGACUGGUAUCGACCCGAAUCUGCUCGCCGUGCUAGCGAGCUCUCGACACGAUCAUCCGCCACACUACACCCCAAUCUACACGAUGGUAGCUACGCUGGGGCUGCGCCGCCUUCCUCCCCGGGCCCCGCCGCCGGCCAACUUCCCCCAACUCAAGGCCCAGGCAGCCGGUUUCGGUCGCCACAACUGCGAGCUCAGGCUAAAAAUUCGGACCGCACCCCCAAGUCGCCGACAAAGCAACACUGGAAGUCGCCUUCUUCGAGUACUGAGGAAAAGAGCAGCAGGAGAAGAAAGGUAUCGGUUGGUAACAUCGAUUUUGAGCAGCGAAGGGAGCACGUCAAGUUGGCCUACCGAAAAUCCAUUCGACAAUCCAGGAUUCAAGAUGCUAAGCGAGCCGCAAAGGUUCAAGCGGACCAAGAGACGGAGGAUGUGGCACCCGACACCGAGCCGACGCCGACGCCUUCCGACCAACCAACCAUUAUGUUCGAGGUGGCCUCUGAUGAUCUGCCUUCCCUAGAGAUCCUCCCCGAGACGUCGGCCAAGCCAGCCGAGCCUGAACACACGCAAACCGUCCUCUUUGAUAUUGAACCGCAACCGGGCCUUGAGGUGCAGCUGGUUUCUCAGACCGCGCCCCUAGCAGAUGACUUCCAUCAGACCAUAGACUUGGCCGUGGAUAUUCCUCCCAUGGCGUACGAGGCCAACCUUCCGACACUCGCGAGGACCGAAUACCAAUACCCUUUCGAGGAUGAAGAAGAACAGUUUGGGACAGUAGAAGGCCCUGAGCAGAUGGUGGUUGAAAUCGGCUUAGACAUCUUGAAUACUCCGACACUCCCGCCAGCGGAUGUGGCCCCCAACGACGAUUUUGAACAACCGUCGGUCCCAGGGGCCUUCAAAGAAGAUUACGAAAGUGCCGCAUAUGGCCCAGACUCGUACGAAGCCCGGGUGCGUAUGCUGAGACGCGGGUCCGACAUGUCCCAAUUCACCGGCUCUCAACAUAGCCACGCCCCCUUCCCCUCUUAUGAUUACGAUACGAGAGGUUACAGUCUCAACUUGGACGAAAACGACGUUCUUCGCAACAUCAAUCACGGCGGCGAGGAUUCCCUAACAGACGAUGUAUGCUCCGCCGAUGCCCCGGAGGAUGGCGACCAACAGGAGGCCUAUUACUCCCCACAGCCGUACCUACAAGACGCGACCUUGUCCAAUCGCGCCUCGACCUGCGAAUCCUUUGACGCCUCCCAUUCGGACGAAAACCGAGGCGAGAUGGGCGUUGGCGGUCUUGGUAUCCGAUCCACCCACGAUUCAACCCAAAUGCUAGGAGUUCCUUCCAUGCUCAUGGCCGGCAAUCGAUCGAGCCAGCACUCAACUUGGACCGAUUUCUCCAUCGAUAGCAGUGAGCCAUCAGACGCUGCAGCCCCACGCUUGUCGAAGAGCCGACUGGAUCCAUCGCCGUUGCCUAAACAUGUUGCCAUGUUUCCCGGUUCCCCUCUAGCCGGCGAGGAAGUUUCUCAACCGGCGGAAAGCGCUCGGCUCGCGCCAAUGGGCAGCCAUGACGACGAUAUGCGAACCUAUGCCGUGAGCCAUCAAUUGCCCGAGCUUGACACCGGCGAGGGAUUCGAGAUACCAUACCUCGCCCAGCAUCCAGAGGAGCGAGAAGAGCAGUAUGCGGACCCGGCCGUCCCCCUCCCCGCCCACGAACCUCCUCCGGUCCCCGCCCUCGAUGAGUUGCACGAGACGCCUCCAACCCACUUUUACGAGCUACCGGGCAGCAGUACCCUGGUCGAUUCUAAUCGUGAAAGCGAGGAUUUCACGUUGACUUCUACCAGCGCAUCCGUCAACCAGAUUCCGCCCAGCGUUUCGGAAAUAUCGCAGCACACGAGCGUAACAGACCGGGCGAGCGUAGCUGAGAGCGUAGAGAAGAACGGUCUACCUAGCAAGGAAAGGCAGCGUUUGAUCCAGCGACGGAAUGUUAUCAAGGAACUUUUGGAUACGGAAGCUGUGUUUGUCCGCGAUAUGAACAUUGUGGAAGAAAUUUACAAGGGCACCGCCGAGGCCUGUCCUAAAUUGGACGACAAGACAGUGAAGCUGAUAUUCCGCAACACGGAUGAAAUCAUCGCCUUCCAUACAGCCUUCUUAGGCCAGCUCAAGGAGGCGGUGGCGCCCGUGUAUCAGCUUGCUGGCAGGAAAUCACCGCCACCUAGGGAGGAUUCGAGAGCGUCGGAACUUACGACCAAUUCUGUGGAUAGCCAUUCGAUGAAGAGCGAGCCGGAUGAGGAAAAAGACCGGCUGACCGGGCUCGGGCCAGUCUUUAAAUCCAACAUUGACAUCAUGAAAACGGCACACGAAGGCUUUCUCCGAAACAGCGACCAAGCGGCCAAGAGACUCAUUCAAAUUCAGCAAGACCGCACCGUCAAGGUUUGGCUCAACGAGUGCAACGAGCCGAUGCAGCGAAUCACCAAAUACCCGAACCUCAUCAUCACCCUCCUCCAGCACACGCCCGAAGACCACCCCGACCGUGCCCCGCUUCUGGCUGCGAAAGACGCUUUGGAGACGGCCAUUAUUGAGAUCAACAAGACAAAGAAGAACUUUGAGCUCGUAGGACAGAUUGUCGGCCGGAAACGAAAGGAGUCUGACGUGAAGGCGGGCCUGGCCAGGGCAUUUGGCAAGCGUGUCGAUAAGCUGCAGACGUCGAAUAACCGGGCCGAGGAAGAUACCGUCUACGUCAAGCUACGGGAGCGGUUCGGUGAUGACUAUCUCCGGCUCCAGGUCGUCCUUCGCGACGUCGAGUUCUACACACGUCAGGUGACGGCGUACGUGCACGAGUUCCUUCAGUACCUUUCCUCGAUUGAGCUUGUCAUGAGGCUCCAAGCGAGCCCGUUCCCCGAAGUGGAGAGUAAAUGGGUCCAGUUUAACGUGUCCAUGAGAGACAUUGAGAAAGUUACACUAGAGCAACAUCUCUCGCGGGUCAGGAAAAGUGUGAUUGAACCGUUUGAAAAAGUGAUUAAAGCGUACGGCAACCCGUCGCUAGCGAUGAAGAAGCGUGCGAAGAGGCGCCUCGAUUUCGAGCGAGCCGAGCAGCUCAAGAGGAGCGGCAAGACGGUAGAUUCAAAGCUCAAGGAGCUAGUUGAGCAGUACGAGGCUCUUAACGACACACUCAGAAAGGAGCUCCCAAAGCUGUCGGAACUCACGGUCAAAGUUGGCAACAUCUGCCUCGCUAACCUGGUGAACCUCCAGGCUGAGUGGUACAAGAUGUGGAAAGACAAGGUCAAGGUUGUGCUAGAAAAUAGCGAUCAGAUGCCCGAGGUCGAGGGCAUCGUCUCGGCUUUCCAGCGCGACUACCAGUUUGCUCUGGACUCGGUCUCGGCAAUCGGUAUCCUCAACCCGUCGUCCAAGCCGAGGAUAUCGCAGUCCAAGAGAACGAGCACAGACGAUAGCCUAUCAAAGAAUCGACCGCGACCAUCCGAUUUAUCGAUCCGCGGCAGGGGGCCAUCAGUCAAUGGCGACGGCCCUCCAAGCCUCCCGACGCCCGAGUUUGCAGGGAGCAGCAAUUCCAGCUUCACGUUCUCGCCCACAAGCACGGCCAUACCCAGCCCCCACCACUACUAUCGGGAUUACUAUACAGGCAUCAACGGCUACCGCGGCGGGGGUGCCUCACCCAUCACCAAUGAUGCGCACGCGAGUUCACGUCCACAUGUAGCCGCCCCAGUGGCACGGCCGAGCACGGGGCGGAGCUUCGAUUCAUCAGCACCGCCGCGACAGAGCUCAGACUCGAGCAAUGCAAACGUGAGGGACUCCAACUCGACGUCAUACAAUGUGACGUACCCAGGACCGGAUGGACCGCGGCGAUUCUCGGGGCUAUUCCACUCCGCGUUGCCACUACCGGAUGAUGCAGAAGAUAGUCGGAGAUCAUCCCGGGCGUCGUCAAGGGAACGAGUCCCAACGUCGGGUGGAUACAACAUUCUCUGGCUCGCAGCAUCACUUUUCGAGUUUAACAUUGAGACAACAAAACACGAGGCCGGAUACCCGUAUCUCGUAUACCAGGCCGGAGAGAUCUUCGAUGUUAUAGCUGAAAAGGGCGAGCUAUGGCUUGCCAAGAACCAAGAUGACCCCGAGAGCGAGUUGGAUGGAUCUGGUCGAAGCACUUUGCCAAACUCGCCGACUCUUAGAAGGCCGUCAAACCGCACAUCAGCAGUUUGGGAGCCACACUCGGGAAUCACGAGGUAG